AAUAAGGAACAAAAUGACCAGAUACUAUUUCUCCAAAUGCUGUACUUUAUGGAGGCCUGCUAAACAUUUUUUUUAGCAAUUUAAUUGUUGCCUCGUCUGAAUGCUCAACAGUAAAGGACGUGUGCAAAGCUGUAUUCAAUGCGCAUGGCUCAACAUCUUAAACAUUUGUGCAGUAAUUCGUGGCUAUCAAAAGGAAAAAGAGUAAUAAUGAAAACGAGGAGAGUUGAGGAACUUCUGCAAAACCAUUUUGAUCUUUCUUCUUCUAUGACGGGUUUGCGCGGAAUGUCUAAUCUUCCUGAAAAUGCUGUUUAUGGAGGACCCCAGUCCCAAUCCCCAUGGAAAAGGAUUACUUUAAACCACCUUACUGCUAAAUACGAGAAAGGAAACCCAAUCACAAUGGUCACUGCAUAUGAUUACCCCUCUGCAGUUCAUGUGGACAUAGCUGGCAUCGACAUCUGCCUAGUAGGAGAUUCUGUGGGAAUGGUGGUGCAUGGACAUGAUACAACCUUGCCUGUCACAUUGGAGGAUAUGCUGCUUCAUUGUCGUGCAGUAGCUCGGGGUGCUUCCCGACCUCUCCUUGUUGGGGAUUUGCCUUUUGGCAGCUAUGAAGAAAGCAAAGAGCAGGCAGUUGCAAGUGCAGCUCGCAUGUUGAAGGAGGGAGGAAUGGAUGCAAUAAAGCUUGAAGGAGGCACACCGUCCAGGGUUACUGCAGCAAGAGCUAUAGUUGAGGCAGGGAUUGCAGUCAUGGGACAUGUGGGAUUGACUCCUCAGGCAAUAAGUGUUCUGGGUGGAUUCAGGCCUCAGGGUAGAAAUGUUGCUAGUGCAACAAAAGUUCUGGAAAGUGCAUUGGCUUUGCAGGAUGCAGGAUGUUUUUCUAUUGUACUUGAAUGUGUGCCCUCUCCUGUGGCAGCAGCCGUCACUUCUUCUCUUCAAAUCCCUACUAUAGGGAUUGGAGCUGGGGCUAAUUGCAGUGGUCAGGUCUUGGUGUAUCAUGACUUGCUGCAGAUGAUGCAACAUCCACAUCAUGCUCUGGUUACUCCCAAAUUCUGUAAGCAUUAUGGAAAGAUAGGAGCUGCUAUCAAUGAAGCCCUGUCAAAGUAUAGAGACGAGGUGGUCUCCAAGAAAUUUCCAUCUGCUGCUUAUACUCCAUAUACAAUCAAUCAACCUGAUUUGGAGGGUUUUAUUACUGAGCUUCGCACGAGAGGAUUAAACAAAGCAGCCACUGCUGCUGCUGCAGCUUCUGAGGAUGAUAAUAGUGAUCCCCCAAUUGCUACUCUUCUAGACUAAAAUAGAAUGGGUGAUUUUUUACUGUUUGUAAAUAUGAGACAAAGGAGCAUAGGAGCACAGUUAACUGAUACAGCUUCCUAGAAUUAGAGCACAGUUAACUGUUACAGCUUCUUAGAAUAAGAGCACUGUAUUUGCUUAUGUGAAAAAUUAAAGAGGGAGACUUAUGCCUUUUAUUACAUUGCCAAGCCAAAUUAAGAGGCUAGAUCUUAGUAGAAGUUUUCUGGUUUAAGGUGUUAAUCCCACAACUUACCUGAUGACAUCAAUAAUAAUUAUACCUGGAUAUUAAAUAAGUGACAAGAGAGCAAGGUGCUUUCACUGUCACAAGCACACACACAAGCAUAUCUCAGAUUCUCGACUCACUAUACUUGAACAGUUACACAGCAGAGCUGGAGGUUUUAUCUACUCUAAUUUUCCUUAAGAUUAACAGUUACAAUAAAGGAUACAGGUUUAAAUUG